AUGACCUGGUGGACCGGAACUGGCGUUUUUGCGACACUGGCACUAGGUGUAGCACAUGGCUUGACCCAUGGCUGCUUGAAGCUGGAUUCCAUUACAAUGGACAAGAUGCUGGCUGUACCUGGUCAGAGCUAUUUCGUCAAGAUUGAUGAGCCAUACGGUUACGGUGAGAUGCUUGGCCAGAGCAUCCUUACAUGUCGCAACUCGCACGUGAAAGCCGACGCCUGGAGAGCAAUUUGCCAGUUGGCCUAUGCAGUUCCAAACUUCUUUGCUGCUGAAGUUCCUGUUCAGCGCUUCAACCAGAAAGAGAAUGACGACGUCCGUGAGAAGUUCAACCUCACCUUGGAGGACUUCCCAGCCUUUUUCCUUUUUGUCGAAGGCACGAAUGAUGCAAUGCGAUAUGUGGAUGCAGUUCAAGCAGCCAACAUGAUCAAAUGGCUUCGCUCGCGUGGGAUCUCUAUGCCGUCGAUCGAUUCAAUCGAUGAGCUGGACGAUAUCGUCAACGAUUUCCUCAAAGAUGCCAGUGCGAGACACGUGGAACGAGCACGGGAGCUUGAGCAAAAGUACCGAAACGAUGCCAAAGCGCCCAUGUAUACGAAGAUCAUGGAAAAGAGCCUGGCUCAGGGACUCAACUAUGCGGCAGACGAAAUAGUUCGCGUGAUGAAGAUUUUGGAGGGCAAGGUGCACCCUCAGAAACGGGCGGAACUUAGUGACAAGCUGAAAGUGUUGAAAGUCUUCGCAAAGACGGAUGCUUGUGACAUCUUUCAUUGCCCAGAUGGCCAUCAGAAGAAAUUUGGUGCAGCAGGCAUCAUUGGCUCCGAUGUGGCAACCUGCUGCAAGCCUCCCUGUGUAAACACCGAAGGCGAUGAACAUGAUGCUCAGGGCCACCACUGUGAUUAUUACGACGAGCGCACAGCUCCAGAAUGUGGAGAUUGGGACACUGCAUCAUUUCGCGCUGGCCGGAUGUGUUGUGCCUGUGGGGGUGGGCACAUCAAGACGCUUGAAGCCCAAGACUAG